AUGCAGAGAAUAAGAACGAAGAGAACGUCGAGACGAGCGCAAAACACCCGCGUAAUUCGAGAGGCGACCACUCUUCUUCGGUCUACUGACGUGGAAGAAAUCGAAGCGACUCUGCGGAAACUGGACGUCAACUACGAAGAAGUCAAGAAACUCAACACUGACUUAGAACCAUUUAUUGCGGACGGAGAUCUUGAGGCAGAAUACCUCUCAGUGAUGAAAUACAAAGAACAGACAACUUCCGUUUUCAGUCUGCUUCGGAGUCGAGCGACGCAACUUCUCUCAAAUGAACCGCCGCGCCCAGCAGCAUCAGCAAUUGGCUUCCACAACGAAGAAAGAGGCGAGAGGAGACGCAGCGGUGUAAAGCUUCCUGGGUUGCAGCUGCAGCCAUUCAAGGGCGAUCUUUCGGAGUGGCAGCCAUUUUGUCAACAGUUCAAACGAGUCGUACACGACAACGAUGAUCUGUCGAAUGGCGAGAAGUUCCAGUACUUGAAGACGUUGGUAAACGGACCUGCAAGGGCUUCCAUCGCCGGUCUCCCAGUAGCGGACGCCCAUUACAACGAUGCAAUCGAAAGUUUGACGAGACAAUUUGAAGACGCACGACUAAUCCAGAAGGAGCAUCUCGCGAUCUUCAAGCUGUUACCUCCUCAACCGACACGAAGGGGCUGA